AUGGCGCCACUGACUUUGGCGCAGCGCAAUGUGUACGCCGACGAGAAUGCGGACUUCAACCCGACCGACGAGCAUGCGUAUAUAUCUGCAGACAACACAAGAGUUGUUACAAGUGCUUUCAAUCUGUCCCCCAGCAAGCGUCCCCGAAAAGGGCGCGUCUACGAAUCCGACCCAAGACUGCAGGAUUGGGUCCCCGUCCCGGAUGCCACCAUGGAUGAGGUAGAUGCUCUGGCUACGUCAGUCUCAUCUUUCGACGUUGACCUUGACGAAGUCGUGACAAAACGCAAGCGCUACGAGUCGGAUGAUCCUAUGGAGGUGUGGAAAAGUGUGUCGGGGUUGUUUCUCGACGAAAUCGUGAUGACACGAUGGUUUGGGUCAGCGAACCCACGCUUUUUCGAUGCCGACAAUGUGGGGUGCAAAUCUUCUGCGAAAGUUGCGUCAAAAAACAGCACCAAUGGUCACCUUUGCAUACUAUUCAGGAGUGGACUGGGAGCUUCUGGACAGAGGUUUCGCUCUACCACAGUCGAGUGGAGAGCGGGGGGGCGCUCAGGCCUUGGCGCUAUGUAUCAACUAGGACAUUCGGGUGCUACAUGUCCCUUCCCUGGUAAUCGGCGGUCAAUGGUUGUCAUCGACGUCAAUGGAAUCUUUGUCGUUGACAUACAGUACUGCGAUUGCCACAAUACCAAUGGCUCUGACAUGCUGCAGCAACUACUCCGGAAUGGAUGGUACCCAGCGACAACCAUCAACCCAGCGACCUGUGCCACCUUUAAUGUGCUUGAACUGUUUCGUCUGCUCCGCACCAUUGGCAACCUCAAUGUCCAUGACUUCAUGCGGACUUUGGAGAGGUCAGGCGACCCCACCUUAACCUGCGACACUCCUGAUCGGUACAAAGCAUUUGGGCGGAUGGCUCGACAGUUUGAUUUCUUGAAGCGGAUGAAGCGAGCGGGUCGCGCGUACGAGGCUGAUGGAAUGGCUACAACGCCACCCGGUGGGUUAGCAGUAUUAUGUUGGGCGUGUCCAGCGGAGGGAAGAAAUCUCCCCGAGGGGUGGCGUAACGUGAAGCCAAGCCAACGCUAUCUUUACCGAUUAAUCCUCUCCAUCGACGCGAACUUUCGCCUUAAGAAUCGCCUUCGACCGAAUGAGCAUCAAGACCUGUCGUUAGGCUCAGGCUUGGGAUAUUUCGUGGAGUCAUCAUCGUACAAGGAUCACCUCCGAAGCUAUGUCAAAGAAAAAGAUGUCAGCUCUUGUGUUGCCUUUGCUGCUCUGCUCCAGAAGGAGACUCGUUUAACGACCGGAUUGCGUGUUUCUGGGGUUGCCGGAUGUGUUUGUGCCCGUCAUGGGCUGGUGCGAGCUCGAGGACUAGGAGAUCUACAAAAGGGAGAACGGUAUGCAAAUGUGGAUUGGAUUGUGGCAUGCACACUCUGGACCGAGCGGUUAAUGGAGUAUGGCUUCGCCUAUGACAUCGCUUUGCCAAUGGAUGAUAAAUUUCUUCAAACGGCUGGCCAAAAUUCGCGAGGGGUCGGGCGGAUACAACCACGCUUACUACCGAUUUCGACGACCUGGAGAGCACAUCUUGCUCUGGCUUAUCUCUUGGGCAUGGGAAAGACCGAUGGAGAGGCGAUGGAAAGGAUAUGGGCUAGUUUGAACCCCGCCAGCUGGGCUACGAAGGAAAUGGGCGAAGGAGGUCGACACGAUGUAUUGGAGGACAAGGUGGAUCAUCUUAAUUUCGAGAAAAAUCUGGGACUAGGAAGGGCGUUGUCUCGCAAACUCAUCGUCGCCAUCUCGGAACGCCGGCGUCAAGGCAACGAAUUUGCGGAAUUCGACCAAAGCAUCAACAAAGUCAAGCGAAAACAAUGGCGAACUCUCAUGGACAACUGGUAUAAAGACACGACCCAACCAAAUCCGUUUGUUCUGCAGGGUGGAAACGCUGCUGGCCCUACCGAGCGGGAAAUUGUGCAAGACUUGAAGAAGGAAGAGCUUGAGGAGGUCAGGGCUGGCCGAAUUCCUGUCUUAGAAGGCAAGAUGACGGUUGUGGCUUUCAUCAAAGCGGGCCUUCAAUUGCAAAACUUGCAGAGGCGAAUCCGUGCGGCUCUGAAAAACAAGUCCUUGACAGCUGACCGUGCAAGUCAGAUUCAAGAGCUGCGACUAUCUCUCGUCAAACAAACACAGGCUUUCCAAAAGCUGCAAUUAACUUACAUGCCUGGGGUCGAGGGCUUGCGUCAAGCGGACGAUACAAAACGCAACCCAGAUCAACCGACUCCGCCACCAGAAGACACGAAGCUUUACCUGCCGUCAGACCUCACACAUACUGAGCGUUUGCAGGCAUGCGUCCAACGCGUUGUUGACACCGAGGUCAACCUUCGCCGUGGUCAAUGUACCGAUGCUUUGGUUGCCCUGCGGGCAAAACUCUUCGCCCAGACGCAUAUGAUCUGGUUUCGCGAUCGCAAUCUUGUGGGUCAAAAGGCGCGGACUCGGUCAGUAACACUUAUGGGGCGUCUUGAAGAAGGCAUCACCAGAAUCGUGGCUAAAUAUCGUUCUGCGCAAGAAGCGAUCGUGAAGCUAAAAGGGCCCGCCUUUGCCCCGGAGUUUCAGAAGCUGGAAGAUGCAGAUGUGAACUGCCGAGUUGUGGAAGAGAACGACAUUGAAGCAGCCCAACGGCUUAGAGGUGCCGAUGGUUCCAGAGGCCGAAAUCGGAAGCGAAGCCAAGAAAUGCAUGAUGGUAUGUGUGAAGGGUUUUCAUUCAAGUCAUUAUUGACUGGUUUGGUCAAUAGCUGUUCGUGUGGAGUGGUCAAAAGCCAGGGCUCGUCGCGUUGGAACGAAGAAGAAGUCGAACUCAUCCGUGAAGAAAUGAAACGUGUUUUGCGUUCAUUGCGGUUUGCGCAGAACGAGUGGGCAGCACGUGCCACCUCUGCGAGACUCUUUGUCGACCCAGAGGUGGCGAAUGGUCUGCGCGCGUAUGCUCUUCGCCAGGUGGAGCUACACAAACGAAUAGCUGAAGGGUUCUACACCGAGUGGCGGAAAUCAGUUUCGGAUGCGGUGAAAGAGGUUAUGGCUCAAGAUGGGGCUCUGUAUCGACAUUUGCUGGAUGGAGACUCAGAGGUUGGUGGAAUGGCUGAGCUAGAAAGCAACAAUUUGUAG